AUGCCCGGUCUCCCCGCUGCGAGCUCCACCCCGACCAGCGCUACCUCCGCCGCCGCCGCCGCCGCCUCCACCCCCACCGCCGCCGUCGCCGCCGCCUCCACCUCCACCGCCGCCACCGAAGCCCCCACCCCCGCCACCACUCCCACCCCCUCCGCAAGCCUCCACGGCCACCACCCCGCCGCCCCCGCCAGCUCCUCCAGCGCCCUUGCCCCCCUUGCCCUUGCCGAAUUUGGGAAAAUUCCUUGCACUACCCCCCCCCCCCCCCCCCCCCCCCCCCCCCCCCCCCCCCCCCCCCCCCCCGUCAAACCUUAA